CGCCACGCUGACAUAUCCUGGUACGCAUUCGGUCGUCGUUUGUGCCAGUUUUCCUUCGAUUCCUGAAUAAUGAUGUAAGUCUGCGAGAAUUUACGGUUUUCCAAACAGUUGGUAGUAGUUUGUCGAAUGUAGCGGACGGACGAACGGAAAGGCUUGGCCUUCUUCUACUUUAACGAUGUCUAUGACGAAAACCAUCAUCAUUACUGGUGUACCAAGGGCUGGUAGCGGAAAUUUGCCUGCCAUUCGUUCGGCCAGCCUGGUCAAGAAAGAGAAUAUGGAUUUUGGCAACAACAACAACAGCAGUCUUUGCGUUGCGAGAAAGCGACAACGUUUGACCAACCUUUCGCCAAAUGAGAAGCUCCUUAGAAGGAAGAUGAAGAAUCGUGAGGCGGCCCAGACUGCGAGAGAUCGCAAGAAGGAAAGGAUGGACACACUCGAAGACGCACUCACGGCGUUGCAAGCGCAGAACAAGGCGUUGAAAUCAGAAAACGUCACGUUCCGGCUGAACGCGCUCAAACUGAAACAAGAGAACGCCGAGCUGCGUCACCGGCUCGAGCUCCCGUCGCAGCCAGCGGCGUCAUCUGGUGAGAGAGCCUGCGCGAUCGAAGGGUCCGCAGCAUCCACGAAGCUACCUCUGCAGCAGGAGCAAGCGUGCAGACUCUCUCUAUCGAUGACGUCAUUACCCGCUCUCCUGACCCUGCUCAGCAUGAUGUUCUGCUUGAGCUCAUCAGACGUAUUGCGGGCGAAGGUGAGAGCGGGGACGAGGCCGGCCCUGAGAGCGAGAGCCACAGCCAGUCAAGAGAGGGCGCUGAGGCAGCUGGCGCCUCACUGUCGUUGGUGGGGGCGCCACCAGCGCUCGUGGAAUCCAGCAAUGAACUCGUAAACUUUGAUCACAUGUACUACAAGACGGGCGGCGGAGACAGAGUGAUCGUUGCCGACGGCAACGACAGCGAGACGACGACAGCCGGCGAACUCCC